AAGGACUUUUUACCAUCACAGGAUAACACCCAUGAGUGGUCAUCUCUCUGACCUUUGAAAAUUGUGUUAACAAGCUCAUUACAGGUUUUCAGGGGUGUUUUCAUGUUUCUGGUGAAAUUAUAUUUAAAAGAAUACACCAUUAACAAGAAAAAUACUUUUAAGAACCCGAGUAAUCAUUUCUGUGACAUUCAGAAAGAGUUCCGAAACCAAAGCGUUUAAAUGUACUGUAACUACAUACGGGUCUUACAUAUUAUAAAAAUGAUCAUCGAAUCAACAACCAAACAUUACAUUGAAAAUAUGUAAAUAAACAAACAAACAAAUAAAUGAGAUCAUUUGAAGUGAAGAGCAAAAAUUACAGCAAAAUAUGUGAAAAUCUACGAUAAUAUGAUGCUAAGAGUUAUAAGGAUGGCAAUAUAGGAAAAGAUCAUAAGACUAUACGGAGGCUGUGAAAGGCCAAAUGACUUACAAAAGGCAGGAACAGAAGUGUGGAGGGUAGGGGAAUAGGGAGAUAGCAAAAUGUAGCAUCUCGCGCGCACUUGAUUCUGUAAGAGCUCCCCCACCAAAGCUCACUGUUCAGCUGGAAAGGGGCGUCGCUGGAACAGGCGAGGCAGCAGACGACUUCCCGCUCCUCUUUAGUAAACAUCACAGUGUGGCAUUAUGGAUACAGAUGAUGAUAUCAGUGCAUUGGAAGAAGAGGAGGAGGAGGUUGCACUUUUGUCUCAUUCCACUCUUUCCUGUGAACUAAAGCUCUCACCUCCAGAGCCGACUGUCUCCUCCCCUUGCAACUCAGAACUCUCUUGCCCUCACACUCAAAGCUUGAACACUUCUCUAGAAGAAUUUGUUUCCUGCGAUAGUGAAGAUGAUGAUGCACCCUCACCAACCCCACACUCCACGAGGCCUCGCUCCUUCUCAGCCAGUCGGAAGGAGAGCAAGACGGUGGUCAGGUACAUGAUACGCUCUGCUCGCACUCACCUGACCAAAGAAGAAAAAUUUGUGGUUUACACAGUUGAGGUGCAGAGGUUUGUACAGUGUCCUGAUGGGGAGAACCAAAUGCUGUACAAACCAGUGCCCAAGUGCUGUGCAUCCUUCACACGUAGAUACUCAGAGUUCCUUGCUGUCUACUCUGCCUUGAUGGAGUCACACCGCUCACUGAUGGAGGAGUUUGAAGGCUUCCCUAAAAAAGUUCUCAUUGGCAACUUUAGUAAAGAGGUGAUCACUGAACGCUGCAAAGGCUUGGCACGUUUCAUGAACUUCGUCCAGGAAGAAGGUGUUCUAUGCAGAACGGCUGUGUUCUCAAAAUUCCUAUACCACCCUGAGAUCAUAGCAAGCAAUAACCAUCUUCUUCACUCACAGUUUGAAGAGGCUGAGCCUAUCUUAGAAAACACAUAUGUUUUACUUAAUAACUUGCAGUGGGACACAGGACUCAUGCUUCGUAUUCUGUGUCAGCUCAUUGUAUGUCUUUAUGCUCUUAGUAAUUAUGAGAGGUGUUAUUUGUUUGCUAAACAUGCCUUGAAAAAGUUCCAGUUACCAAUCAAUAGAAAUGUUUGCAAAGAACUUUACCUCCCAUUGCUGGUGUUUUGUGACAACUUGUGGAGGAUUCUCGGGAAGGAUAGAAAUGCAAUCAGGAAAAAAAUUGACAUUUUAAACAAGCAAAAGGCACAAGAGGAUGUGGUGCCCAAUCUCCUAGACCUCCUAAGGGAUGAAAUUGCUAUACGAACGCUUCAUUAAGGAGGACUAUUUAAUAGAACUGUAUUUUGGCAGCCAUAACCAAAACUUAGAUCUAUUUGUUGUGUAUUUGGUAGAUAAGUACUCAUUUUUUAGGUACUGUGUGUGCAGCUUAUGCUGCAGACAUCUUCAAGAAAGCUUACAUGGCAUGAGUGCUGGAUUCAGGCUGGUUAUUUUAUUAAAAAAAAAGGUUGGUUUUGGCUCAUGUGAAUUUUACCAAACCAGAGCUUACUACUUUCAUCAAAUACAAAUAUAGAAAUAUAAUUUUGGAAUAGAACAGUAGAUUAUUCAAAUUCACUACCAGAGGAAGUGGUGUGUGCAAAAAAAGAAAGAAAGAGAAAAAAAAUAAAAAA